AAUCAAUCAAGCAACAGCCGGCCCAUCUCGUCUCUCUCGAUCACACCUCCCAUACCUACUUGGCCAGUGAGCAGUAGCCCCGUUUCCGUCGAGGAUCAAGCGCGAAGAAGAUGUCGUCGGUCACCCGUGCCCACCUCGACCACAAGCUCGCCCUCGCCAAGCGCUGCUCCAGAGAGGCGACGCUUGCCGGAGCCAAGGCGGCAGCCGUCGCCACCGUCGCGUCUGCAGUUCCGACGCUGGCCAGCGUGCGGAUGCUGCCGUGGGCCAAGGCCAACCUCAACCCCACCGGCCAGGCGCUCAUUGUCUGCACCGUCGCCGGGAUGGCAUACUUUGUCGCCGCCGACAAGACCAUCCUCUCGCUGGCGAGGCGGCACUCGUACGAGAGCGCCCCCGACCACCUCAAGGACACCUCCUUCCAUGGCGACGCCGCAGCUCGUCCCCGUCCACCGGCAUUCUUCAGGCCUUGAGUAGAGAGUUAUAGUUAGCUGCUACCGCGCCGUUCGUCGAUGUCCCAAGAAACUGCUGCUUACUUAAUUAUCAUCGCCAUCGUCAUGCUUGCUUACAAUCUUGGAUAUAGUGGUGCCUCAUGCUGUAGCCCAGUGUAACUCGCAUGUAUAGUAUGCUAUAUGCGGGUGUUACAGUUAAUUAACGACAAUCAUUUUCUCCCUGUUUUA